AUGAGUGAAUGCAUAGAUUUGAAAAAAGAGUAUUUAGCACUGCAAAAAGCCAGCAUGGCUUCCUUAAAAAAAACAAUAUCCCAAAUAAAAUCAGAGUCGGAAAGGGAAAAAGACCAUGGAGUACCUAAUAAGUCUGGAAUGAAUAAUGAGAAAGCAGCAAACAGUGAAGAGUGUUGUCCCCAGGAGAAGGUUAAUGCAGCAGGACCACAGUUUAUGAGUGGUGUGAUUGUGAAGAUAAUAAGCACCGAGCCUCUACCUGGCAGAAAACAAGUCACGGAUACUUUGGCAGCUAUCUCAGAAGUUGUUUAUGUUGAUUUGCUAGAAGGAGAUACAGAAUGCCAUGCUGGAUUUAAAACUCCUGAGGAUGCUCAAGCAGUAAUAAAUGCAUAUAUGGAAAUUAAAAAGAAACACUGCUGGAAACUCGAGAUCCUUUCUGGUGAUCAUGAACAGAGAUACUGGCAAAAGAUUCUGGUAGAUAGGCAGGCCAAACUUAAUCAGCCUCGUGAAAAGAAAAGAGGCACUGAGAAGUUAAUCACCAAAGCUGAAAAGAUUAGACUUGCAAAGACUCAACAAGCAAGUAAACACAUUAGAUUUUCUGAAUAUGACUGAAAAAACUUUUGGUUCACCUCUUAAAAUUUCACUGGACUUGAGCUAAUCUUACAAAAUCCAUUUUUAUUAUGGUAGUAAUGCAUAAUGAAUGUUUUUCUAAAACCUACAUUCAAUUAAAAGAAAUAUCUUUGUUCCUUAA